GAUACGCGCUGAACACAAUCUGGCAGCGGCGACUUUUCUUUGUUAAACCUUUGCGGUUAUCCAUUUAUUGUGCCAUUGGAAGUGCUGCCAGAGUAGCACACUAUCGGCCCUGUGUCUAUCUACGCUAACUGACAGCCUGUGCCAGUAACCCCCAUGUUUGACCGUAACAUGGCUAAAAACACAGACCUGGAUACCGUUGAUCACACAAGUACAGACAGUUCGGACGACCUUGCGGAUGCAGCAUCCGACGAGGAAGGUCUCAGGGCACACGGCUACCAUGAUGGGCAGGAUGCUGCCGGGCCAGCAGGUGGCCAGGGCGACAACGUUGAGGAGCCAGUUGUGCGGCCGCACUCACCGCGGUCGGCGCGCAGGGUGCGGAAUCGACUCGCUGCUGCACGCAUGCGCACGCGGCAGAAACAGCACCUGGCUGAGCUGGAACAGCGCAAAACGGCGCUAGAGGAGCGGGCAUCGGCACUGGAGCAGGAGCUGCUGGAGCUUCAGCGCCAGAACAACCCGCUGGACAUGUCGAUUGUCAAGCUAGCUGGCAUGAUCGACGACCUGACAAAGGUCGAAUUCUCCAUGCUGUCUGGCAUUGACGAGUGUAAAACGCUGCUGCAGAACCUGGAACAGCUGUAUAAUGCCUCCACUGCCUCCACUGCCACCGUGAGCAGCACGGCCGCGAACAAUAGUGGUAGCAGCCGUAACCUCGCCGCCACCACCACAACCACAACCACAGCCAGUAGCAAUACUCUUAGUACCCCUUAUCACCACCAUUCCCAUUAGAAAGUUCAUUGUCAUUUCAUCAUGGCGGCUG